CCACAAGGAUACCGGCUUUCGUCAUGUCCCAAUUUGAAUCGUUAGCAGACUAAUGGCGUAAGUAUUUAGCACCUCGGUGACCACUUGUUGGGUAGUUGGGUAUGAUUUAUUAAGUGGCAAAUUAACGACCCCGCAGUCUGCUGCCUUAGGCCGUCACCAGAUCAGCGCAUACACACCUCGUCAUCUUCACUCGUAUUCACACUCGGAGCUUCCGUUCGCGUCGUCGCGUCGCCUCUCGACUCCACCUUUGCUACGAUACAACAGAGCAUCGACACCACCGUUUCUCCUGUUUAUUUGUCUUGGCUCAAGUGUGUUUAUCGCCGACACUUGAGUGGCAGAACGUGUUGGCCGAACUGCCCACAUUUGACAGCCUUUUUGCGGCAAUAAGGCAACAGAGCGUCGAUUCGAUCAGUCUCGUGUUCGUGCGUCGUGCUGGUCACUGCGUUAUGAAUUGUGACACGUCAGUAUUGUCUCCGAAAGCUCGAGCAUUCUCGGUCACCGCUCUCCUGGCCGAGAGCGGCAGUCCGUCGCGAUGCGGCGACGGCGAGGAGGAGAGCGGCUUGGAUGCGCGCGGGCAGCGUGUGCCGAAUUCGUCGUGGCUCACCGGACAGGCGCCGAGCUACUGCCGUCCCGUGUUACCCACGCGUUUGUCUUGCUGCUGGGGCUGCGACCCGGUCAACUACGGCGAGUCGUCGAGCCCGGCACUGCAGGUCGGUGCCGGCGUCGUUCCUCAUCCGAGAAUUUCAUUGGAAAGCAAAGAGUUAUGGCAGUCGUUUCAUGCAAUCGGUACCGAGAUGGUCAUCACCAAAGCUGGCAGGAGGAUGUUUCCAGCUUUGAAGGUGAAUGUGUCGGGUCUGGAUCCGCACGCGAAGUACGUCAUACUGGCGGAUAUCGUGCCUGCAGACAAUUGUCGCUACAAGUAUCACGACGGAGAGUGGCUCGUGACCGGCAAGGCAUACCCGGAGAUGCCACGACGCAUCUAUGUGCAUCCCGACUCACCGGCGACCGGUACGCACUGGAUGACGCAGACGGUAUCGUUUCAUAAACUCAAGCUUACGAACAACGUGUCGGACACGCACAACUAUAUUAUUCUCAAUUCGAUGCAUCGCUAUCAGCCGCGCUUGCACCUCGUGCAGGCCAAUAGUCUCUACGAGUUGGGUCGAAAGCCGUACUUGACGUUCACGUUCCGAGAGACGAGUUUCAUUGCCGUGACGGCGUAUCAAAACGAGAAGAUCACACAACUGAAAAUAGACAACAAUCCGUUUGCCCGAGGAUUCAGAGAAGCGAAUGGGGGUGGUGGUAAACACGGACCAAAACGGUCGCGAGAGCGGAGCCAGUCGGUCGAGUUUAGUAACUCCAAGAGGUCUAAACACCAGACAUUGGUCAGUGACGGCAACGAGGAGGUGGAUACAGAGACCAAUGCAAAUAGUAGUGAUCAGGAGAGCUCCAGCGGGGGCAAGGUGAUUGGUGGCUCUCUGGGUUGCAGAGUGUUGAGCGUUGAUUGUCUUGUGGGACGAAACAAGGGCAGCCAGAUUAGAGAGAGCAGAAGCUUGACUGGAUCGCCUGUACAUCAUCAGUCGCCUGCCUUUACUUCGUUUGGUAGCAGAGGACACAUUGAGUUGUCGUCUUCAUCACCGUGGUCGAAGUGUAGUCCGAGUGAGACCUGUUCUGCUUCGUCCAACAGUCUGACCAGCAGGAGUCCUGGCGAUGGGAGCACGGGUGAUGAUAUUGCAUCGUUACAGUCUCUCAUCAAAGGCAUCACAUCUGGGCAGAGACCAAGGGAUGGUUUGUCGUCUCAUCCAGUAUUUAGAUUUCAGUCGCCGAUGAAAACUGGAGGAGCAUCACCAGUUUCUUACUCUCCGCCUUUCUUGGGUUCCCAGACGUUGGUAUCAGGCUGGUACAGUCAUGGAUGCAGAGAACUGGCUUAUCAUGGUCAUUCAUCCAGUACCCUAUACCCUGUCUGUAUGUGAUGACUACAGAUCAGAAGUUGAUUGACAGAAUGCCCUGUGGGCACGUUUGAGUUGAACAUUUUAUAGUUUCUGACUCCAACUGUUAUAUGAUGUGUUUCAUGGGCUGGGUAUUCCCGUUCUUUGGACACAGAAGAUGCUUCUAGAGAUGUUUGUUUAUUUGGUAAUGUGUCAUCAUGGUGCUGCCACAUGAUGCAGGUGCAACCUUUAAUCAGUGAUUGGUUUGACUACCAAUAGAGCAGUGCUAAUGACUAUAUUGUUAAUGAACAGUGGAAAUUA